GUUCUGCUAUGUAUGGCAUCAGCAGACUUCUGCUGUCCUCGACAUCUUUCCCCAAGACAAAAGUUUCAGCAGACGACACCUGCCGUCUUCCCACGGUCGACGCGGUGGUCGACCUUGACCCCCAGGGUCAGGAAAGCCCCAGCCCCUCCCCCACCAGCACCAGCCCCGUCCCCGGGUACUCAGAAGCCCACAGAGCGCCCAAAACCAAACUCUUGAACUGCCAGCAUUUCUUCCUGAAACCCUCCAUCGCUCCUCUCGCUGUCCCUCUCCUCCCUGACGUCACAGGGGAGAAGAAAAGUGACGUCACAGAGGCGAUUUCCGAGUCGGAGAAAUGGUUGGAAGAGAGGUACCCGUAUCUGCCGACAUCGCGCCGGAAGAGAAGGAUCCGGCGGAUCCGGCGAGUUCGGAGACGGCAUCAGACGGUCCGGAUUGUCGUGGCGGAUUUCUGCUUCCAGAUCUUGGACGUGGCGUUUUGUUUGUGUGCGCUCUGUCAGUUCGUGAUCGCCGUGACCUACAUGCAUGACUGCCCAGCGCUGCCACUAAUCCCCCUGUGUCUGCUGGUCUUCAGCCUGCUCACGUCUGCCAACAUCGCGUGGGAGUUAAUCCAGACCUGGAUUAUCACCCACCUGGAUUACUCAAGCUGUCUGGACGACCUUAUGUACGGCAUAGAGGCGCUGCUCUGUGUGGCUCAGUCGUUCGCGUUUAUAGCAGAAACCUUGUUCACGUACUCCCUCCACGAUUUCUCAACGGAUGUGACGUCACCGAACUACUGCAACCCCUUGCUGUUUGGGUUCGCCUACGGUUUCGUCACCGUCUCCUUGGUGUUCCUCAUCCUUCUCUCCAUCUGCGGGAUCAUCAUCAACUGCUACCUCCGGUGCUGCGCCACCCCCCGGGCCAUCACCGUACACAUCGCCCCCAGGAGGCGCAGGGAACUACCCAGACAGCCGGCGUAA